AUGAGUGAGAGGAAUGUGGUGGCAGACAUGUUGGUUCGAAGACCUGUCCAAGAGCUGACACCUGCUCACUGCUCAGCCCGAAGACUGGAGCCGCAGGGAGGGUGCAGGGUGCAGGGGGGAGAAGAGGGAGACCUGAGGGGGAGACGGGGGAGACAGUACUCUGCAGUGCGCAUAUACAGAUCUGUAGUUUGUGAGCAGCAGACACAGCACAGAGGCUUCUCGUCCUCUGCUCUUGGGUCCGUCUCUCGUUCCCGCGUUCAGGUAAAACACGACUUUGUGAAGAAGACGUUUUACUGA